AGUGCCCCCGGUGUAGUGACCGAGACGGUAUACCCACCGGAACCAGGGCACGUCCGAUCUGUCGCCGCUCGUGCCCGCUCGGUUAAGGGGCGUUUGCGCACUCCCGAGACACCAGGAAAUAUGGCGGCGCUCAUGACUCUCAGUCAGUUAUCAAGUGGAAACCCAGCCUAUGAGAGCUAUUACAGACAGCUGGAUCCAGGAAACACAGGGAAAAUAUCAGCUGGAGAUGCAGCUCAGUUCCUUAAGAAGUCAGGACUGUCAGAUAGUACUCUGGGGAAGAUAUGGGAUUUGGCAGAUUCUGAAAGAAAAGGCUAUUUGGAUAGACGGGGUUUCUUUAUUGCUGUGAGACUUGUGGCAUCAGCACAGAGUGGAAAUGAUAUCAGUCUUAAUAACCUCAACCAACACUUAGCUGCACCCAAGUUUAAAGACACUAGCAGUCCAUUAUUAAGCGGUUCAAUUACUGGAGUUGACUCACAGUGGGCAAUUAGGCCUGAUGAAAAAGGGAAGUUUGAGGGCAUUUUUGAGAGUCUGGUCCCUGUGAACGGUCUCCUCUCUGGUGAUAAAGUAAGGCCAGUUUUGAUCAACUCCAAGCUACCUCUGGAUGCGUUAGGAAAGAUUUGGGACCUAAGUGAUGUGGACAAAGAUGGAUUCUUGGACAAGGAAGAGUUCACAGUGGUCAUGCAUCUUGUGUAUCGUGCCAUGGAGAUGGAGCCUGUCCCGACGACCUUACCCACUAACCUCAUCCCCCCGUCUAAAAGGAAGAAGUCGGCAGGUGCGAUGCCAGGUGCUGUGGCCGUGCUGCCAGCUCUGUCUGGUUUCACGGCUGGUGCGGCUCCUUUUAAAGAGUCCCUGCGAAGCACUCCUCCUCUGGUCAGCACAACUCCCCUCAGCAGCAGUGCUGUCAGCCUCUCUCCAAAACACUCCUUUAAGUCCAGCUCACCGCCUGUGGUGAACUGGGUGGUACCGCUGGCUGACCGGGAGCGAUAUGAUGAGAUCUUCAAGAAUACAGACAGCGACAAUGACGGCCUUGUUAAUGGAACUGAGGUCAUCGAGAUCUUCAUGCAGUCCAGUCUCUCCCAGACUAUGCUGGCACAGAUAUGGGGACUCGCUGACACUAAACAGACGGGCAAGCUGACCCGGGAGCAGUUCUCUCUGGCCAUGUACCUGAUCCAGCAGAAGGUCAUUAAAGGCGUAGACCCUCCAUCCACUCUAACCCCAGACAUGAUUCCCCCGUCAGAGAGGACUGCAGCUUCAGCGGCGGGCCCUGCCUUUGCAGGGCUCAUGUCAGCUGUGAGACCUGAACUUGGUCUACUUGCUAAUAUGCGCAGAGACAGCAACAGCUCCACGGGGUCGGCCGAGCUGACAGGCAUCAAAGAGCUGGAUGACCUCAGCCAGGAAAUAGCUCAGCUGCAGAGAGAGAAAUUCAUCCUGGAGCAGGAGAUCAGGGAGAAGGAGGAAAACAUCAGACAUCAAAACACUGAAGUUCAGGACAUGCAGAAUGGGUUGGACAGGGAGAGCAGCAGCCUGCAGGACCUGGAGUCGCAGAAACAGGAUGCUCAGGAGCGCCUGGAGGAGAUGGACCAGCAGCGCUCCAAGCUGGAGGGAAUGCUCAACGACGUCAAGCAGAAAUGCCAGGAGGAGUCGCAGAUGAUUGCGUCUCUGCAGAGCCAGAUCCACUCUCAGGAGUCUGACCUGCGGAGCCAGGAGGAUGAACUGAGCCGCACCAAGGUGGACCUGAGCCGGCUGCAGGAUGAGGAGGCCCAGCUGGAGCAAAGUCUGCUCUCUGGUCGUGUCCAACUGGACAGCAUCAAUAAGUCGCUCAAAACCACUCAGGAAGAGAUCAACCAGGCGCGCAGUAAGCUGUCGCUGAUCCAGGACAGCCAAAAGGAGGUGACAAAGACCAUCGAGCAGUACAACAGCGCUUUGAGCGACAUCAAUGGAGGAAACUUCAACAACCUGCCAGACUUGAGUGAAGGGUUUGCUGAGAAGGAGAACGGAGUUUUCAGAAGUGCGGAUGACUCUUUCAAAUCAAAGUUAGCCAUGUUCAACAACAGCACUGCUAAGGAGCCUCCAGCAGACCCCUUCCAGACGGAGGACCCGUUCAAGUCCGACCCCUUCCAAGAUCCAUUUGGAGGAGAUCCUUUCAAAGAAAGCGACCCCUUCAAAGGCACCUCGUCUGAAGAUUUCUUUAAAAGAACAGACAAGUCAAACCUGUUUGGAUCCUCAGACCCCUUCGGUAGAAAACCCACACCGCCAGCCAAGCCAAGUGCCCUCAGCAGUGGUGACCCUUUCACCUCAAACAGCUCAAAAACAGAUGCGUUCGGGACAGCGGACCCCUUUGGAAGCAACUCCUUUGGAAGCAAAGGGGGUGGAUUUGCCGACUUUAGUCAGAUGUCAAAGAAGUCGGACAACCCUGUCCUCCCAUCAAAGAAAAAUGUGCCUAACCGGCCUGCACCUCCCUAUGGAGGUACGCUCAGUUUGGCUGCAUCAGAGCUGCACCAGAGCGUUUUCUCCACAGCAGACAGUAAAGACUCUUUUGUUGCGACACACUCAAGUAAAGCAUCCAAAGACUGUCCUGUGGGUUUUGCAGAUUUUGGCUCAGUAAGUGUAGUCUACUUAUCUGAUGGGUCAAGUAUCUUUGUCUGCAUGAGCUACUGAUCUUCAGAUUGUAGAGCUGAAGGCUCAGAGGUGUCAGCUCUCUCACUGGGCCUCAUUCUGUUAACCUACCCUCACGCAGUGAGACUACUAAGUCAUUGCAGGACCUCCGUGCAUACUGGCUGUUGACUAACAACUGACAGAACAUCUUAACGCUUUUAAGGGGUUGGUGUCACAGGAAAUUAAAGGUUUGCAUGACUGACGUGGACAAACCGUGUACUUGUGUCAAUCGUUCCGUCCGCCUGGUAAAGGGGCUUUUGCAUGCUUGCUGUCAUCUCUGGCUUCAGCCUUUUGGCAGGAAGUCGGGAUUUAUGCAGUUUUAGUCAGCAAGUCAGUGAACUUGCCCAGUCAGGUAGCACUCGAGGAGCAUUUUUCCAAGACUUGAAGUACAAGCUAAAGGCUUAUUCGCUGUCAAAGCAUGAUAUGCCUCGAAGCAGAGUACAACAUUGUAAAUCUGCCUCUUUGUCCUCCUCCUUCCGCUUCUUUGCCAUCGUGUAUAGCCUAAUAGCUGAGCGUGCUCUCAUGUGGAGAGAAGCUGCAUGGCAGGUUUUUGUCUGGUUUGUAUCAUUUAACAGCACAUUAAUUUAUUUCAUCCCUUAUUCCAGCAUGACAGUUGUGAAAGGGAUUUGUGUAAUUUUUGUUUUUCUACCAGGAUCUGAAUGUGUCAAGGUAAGACCGUACAAGGGUGUGGUGGUCAAUCCUUUGCAUGUGAAAAACCUGUCCGCACUGCAUAAUCUGAGUACGGUGAUUCAUGAGCACGAUUAUUUUCAAUAAAUAUUGAUCCAAGCACUGAAUGUUUAUGGGAGAGGAAUAACUUUCGCCACUAGUACGUCACUGUGUAUUGUGUAGAAAGCUUUUAGUGUUGCUUUCUUUGCUUUUUUUGUUACGCCAAAGUGAAGUCUAAAUGUCUAUAUUUUUGCAGUAAUUUUUCCUUACAGCUAUAUAUCAAAUAAUUGCAGUUGUUUGAUAUAGCUUUCAAUGUUCUGCCUAAUUAGAAACGUGAUCUUAAAUUUGCAUCAAUUGUUCGUUUAUGUGUCCUGCUUUUACCCAGUGACUUCUCUCAUUUCAGCCUGCAUCUCUGCAUUUUUUACCUUUUAUCUAAUGUUUGUUUUCCCGCUCUAGUUUGGAAAUGAGAGCCAGCAGCUGGAGUGGGUCAAGCGGGAGAGCGAGCGUGAGGAGCAGGAGAGGCUGAGGAGGCUGCGGCUCCAGG